GCUUGGUAGAUCACGAUAUACGAUGAACAGGACAGUGUAAACUCAUUAAGUAAUGUUCUCCUAAGCACUAUAAAGAAGGAUAAAUACAACCUCUAGGCAGAAAAUUGCAAUUUAAAAAAUUCAAAAGAAAAAAGGGGGGGAAAUAAGGCAAACAAACAAUUGAAAUAAAGUAAACUACUUCGGCCCACCUCUUACAAAUAUGCAAAAGAUUUCUAGCUAGAUCGCCGGCCUAACAGUGAAGUUUAGCGCUAUAUGUAUAUACAGUGUCCACCGGGCGGAAAGCCUCAGGCCCCCACAGCCUAACUCGUCACUUUAUUUUUCUCUUCAUCUGACGUAACAUAAUUGACCUCCAUCCGAUUCCGCCCCAAAGAUCCAACCAUACAAUCAAUUAUUCCAAACAAAAACGAAGAAUAACACAUAAUCAGAAUGAUCGACCGCGGCAUCUUUGAAAGCCUUCAGUCCAAAAUCGACGAGGAGGCCGUCGUCCGUGAUGAACUACAUGAGAUUGUUCAGACCCUUGCUAGAAAUGGACGUUCCACAACAGCUGUGCUCUCUCGAGCUCAUUCUACGCCCUCAAAUCACUUGAAACCCGUCCUGGAUGAGGCGACGAAGGAAAUCCUCGCUCAGAAAGAGCAAGUCACCCGGCUCAAGGCCUUGGCUGACAAGCACCCGUUCUAUAAAUACAACGGCGUGUGGACUCGUGAGCUGCAAAAUCUGGUUUCGUCUAUUGAGCUCUGUGCCUGGUUGGGCGGGUUUGAGGAGUACAAGAGUGACGGUUCUUCAUUUUUGACCAUCGAGGAGGUCGGGAAGUUUCUUGAUGUUCCUGUGAAUCUGAAGGAACAGGAUGCUUUCCACCUCACGAUUGAAGAGUAUCUGCUUGCGCUAAUCUCUAUGGUUGAGGAACUGUCGCGUCUUGCUGUCAACUCCGUCACCCUUGGGGAUUAUGCUCGGCCGCUGCAGAUUAGCAACUUUAUCAAGGAUCUGUUUGCUGGGUUCCAGCUCUUGAAUCUAAAGAACGAUAUCCUGCGCAAGAGGAGUGAUGGAAUCAAGUACAGUGUCAAAAAGGUUGAGGAUGUUGUCUAUGAUCUAUCUUUGCGGAACCUGAUCCCCAAGGGCAGUGAUGCCGCUUAAUUUCUGAAUGAAAUCACACCAUAUCUACAUUAUGCAUAAUGGCGAUACAUUCAAAAUCCGAAGACAUUAGCCCCCCCCCCCUUGAUAUACAGCGG